AUGGCGGCGGCGGCGCCGGUGGCGAAGGAGAAGGACGAGGAGAACGAGGCGGAGGCGGCGGCGGCUGAGGGCCGGGUGCGGGCCUGGGCGGCGGCGCAGGCGGCGCKCGGGCGGCGCGUGGCGCUGGUGACGUCGGGCGGGACGCAGGUGCCGCUGGAGGCGCGCGCCGUGCGCUUCCUGGAGAACUUCAGCAGCGGCCGGCGCGGGGCCGCCUCAGCCGAGCGGCUCGUCCGGGCCGGGUACGGCGUGUGCUUCCUGCACCGCGCCCGCUCCGCCUUCCCCUGGGCCCGCGCCUUGCCGCCGCACGGCCCCGCGCUGCUCGACGCGCUCCGCCUCACCCCGGGACCGCCGCCCGGCGUGGCCGCCGACCCCGCCGCGCUGCCCGUGCUUCUCCCCGCUCUCCGCGAGUACCAACGCGCCACUGAGACGGGCGCGCUGCUCGCCAUCGAGUUCACCGGGCUCGCCGAGUACAUGGCGCUGCUGCGCGCGGCCGCCCGAGCCCUGGCGCCCCUCGGCUCCAGUGUCAUGUUCUACCUGGCGGCCGCUGUGUCAGAUUUCUACAUCCCGGCCUCCGAGAUGCCGGAGCACAAGAUCCAGUCUUCGGAGGGGCCCCUGCAGAUCACAAUGAAGAUGGUGCCAAAAAUGCUGUCACCCCUGGUCAGAGACUGGGCCCCCGAGGCCUUUGUGAUUUCCUUCAAACUGGAGACAGAUCCCCAGAUCCUUCUGGAYAAAUCUCGGCAGGCUCUGGAGAAAUACCGACACCAGGUGGUGGUGGCCAAUGUCCUGGAAUCCCGSAGAACCUCUGUCAUCAUUGUCACCAGGGACUCACAGACUCCCUUAUCCCUGUCUGACGAAGAAAUAGCACAAGGCAUGGAAAUAGAGGAGAAGAUUGUGAGUUACCUCCAGGGCAAGCACACGGCUUUUAUAGAGAGGAAAGGCUGAGCUGCAGCUCGGACUAAACAAGGGAAUUGUACAGGAGAGGGAGUGGGACUGGAGUGAUUCCCUGUCCAGGUAAAUAAACCAAUCCCCAUGGAACACUAAGGAGGGCCGUCCARCACUGUGUCACUUUUCUACAGCUUUGCCAUGGCUACUGUGGCUUUGUGAAAGAAAAAUACAUGGAARUGAAACCAUUCCAAAGGAUAUUUGUCCUCCUUCAUAAAGGAGGAAAGGAGCUGUUUUCUGUCCAGUGGGCUGGGAGAACUGGGAGGAGGAGAAAUGAUGAAGGUCUCUGUAUAUAAAGAAUUUCUUGAGUCUCCCUUUUUGAAGGUUCUUGUGGAAUGGCUGGAGGAAGGAAUGGGGUUUUGCAGGAGGGAUAUGCUGGGUUUAUGACUGGAGUAGGGAAUCAUCUGAUUGAGAGUGGGUGGUGAAACRAGAGUGGUAAAAAGGAGAAUGUGGUGACAGCUAUUUUGGGGAGCAGCUCUUGUGCCAGGAGAGAUCCCAGGGGGGAUCCCAUUUUCCUACAGUUCAGGUGCUGCAGCAUGCCUAAAGCAGCUGUUUCAAAGGUUUUCCUUCCAUCCCAGAUGGUAUUUGUACGUUGCUUUGCUUCAUAUUCCAUUUACACCAGGAAGUUUUCCACGGCUGUGUUUGGGCAGCUUUCACCAAACAAGGCUCAAGUGUCMCUGCAGAGCUCUGUAAACAAAGGCAAGGCCACAUCUUGCACGGAGCACAGGGGAUGGAUCUGUGCUUGAGGCCAAGGUUGGAGAAAAGGAGGGGGCCCUGAGGGGGGAGGUGUCCUAGGAAGGGAAUGAAGCUGGGAAAGGGUCUGAAGCACCAGGAGCAGCUGAGGGAACUUGGGGGUUCAGCCUGGAGUCAAGGAGGCUCCGAGGACCUUCUGGCUCUCCACAGCUCCCUGACAGGAGGGGACAGCCAGGUGGGGGUCAGGCUCUGCUCCCAGAGGACAAGUGGAAAYRGCCUCAAAUUGUGCCAGGGGAGGUUUAGUUCGGAUAUUGGGAUAAUUCCUUCAUGGAAAGGUGUUCAGGUGCUGGMACAGGCUGCCCAGGGCAGUGGUGGAGUCACCACCCCUUGUUCAAAAAUAGUGUGGAUGUGGCWCUUGGAAACACCAUUUAGGGUAAACAUGKCAUGCUGGGGGAAUKGUUGGACUCAAUGACCUUGGAGGGCUUUUCYAACUUUAAGGAUUGCAUGAUUCUCUGACAGCAGAAGGGGUGGCAGUGAUGGACCCUGGAAGGGGAAGCUUCCUCUUGGCUGUAUGGAGUUAGAACUGGAAUGUUCCUGAUUUUGUCUAAACCCUCUUCCAAUGAUUACCAACUUCAAAGCRUGUGUUCUUCGUGCCUGCAAGAAACAAAAUGUGCAAUUUUGUGGUAAAAACUUAACUGCAGCUCUCCUGUUGUCCGCUGUGUGUCUGCUCAUGGGCUGUCCUCAAAAUAAAUUCACAGGGAUCCUGGAAAGACAACAGUACAUGGAAUGCUGAAAGCCUUUCCAGAGGUGAGACUGUGCUCUGGGUAAAACCACUGAGUGUUCAGGAGGCAGCAGUGAUUUUGUAUAAUACCAAUUACCUGAAAGUGAGGUGUGCACAGAAAACAAGGAAAAUAAAGCCCAAAGAGYAAGAAAUGAGCACAAGUGAUGGGAGAAGUCCAGGUUGGUGUGGAGGGGAGAGUUCUAAGAGAGUCAGGACGAGGAACUCACAACUUCUCUGUGGCCAGGACUGAUAGGGAAGGUGAAUAAGCUCCAAGAACUGCCUGUCUUCAUCUCCCAGUAUGUAAUCAAUGGGAAUGUCAAGUCUGGGAUUUCCCAUGUCUUAGUUUGGAGUCUCUGUGGACAUCAAUGGGCCAGCAGGGAUGAGGAUAUAAAAACUUGUGUAAGUUGAACRUGCCCUUGCAGGAG